CAAAAACUACGAAACCACCUGUGUGUCACUUACUGUCUUUCACUAACAAUUUUCAAGUGUUUGCCUCUCUUCUCUUCUUCUUUGAUGUUGAUGUUGAUGUUGGAGGUAGGUGGUACUGGUACUGGUACUGGUGUUUUGAACUCUGUUUCGCAUUUUUGCCUCUUUGGUAAGUCUCUCUCUCUCUUCUUCUCCUUCUCUCUGACCCCUCCUUCUAGCUCUCUUCCUUCCUCCUCCCUUUAAUUUUCGCACUUGUGCUUCUUU